CAAACACACACACACUCUCUCUCACACACACACACACACACACACACACACACGCUGUUUCUGGGUGAGGGGGUGGGCUGUGUAGGUAAGGGUUGUUGGGAGAGAGAGAGAGAGAGAGAAAGAGAGAGAGAGAGAGAAAGAGAGAGAGCAUGUCAGAGGAGACGUAAAGGGAAAUCUCUCUCUGUCCAUUCUUUUAUCCGUCGCUGGUCCUCCCUCCCUCCAUCGCGAGUUCUUUCGUCCUGUCUGCUGUGUGUCGCCUCUGGAUCUAACUACACUGGAUUACUCUUCCGGCUUUUCAUCUGGCUGUUUUUUUUUUUUUUUCUUUUUUCUUUUUUUCUUUCCGGGGGGAGAAGCAAAGUUAGACUGCACAUGAGGGAUUUCAUGGUGUGACCAUCUACUGAUCUCUCAGCUGACUCCUUCUCCCGGCUUCUCCGAAUGUGAUUCAUCCACUUCCACAAUUUGUCAAUUUGUAAGCAAAUUGUAUUUUUUUAUAUAUAUGGAUGAUAUUAUCAUUUCCAGUAUCUUUUCCUGAGCACAUUUUCUGGUGUUGUCAUUUCUGUGUGUCAGAAGAACUUUUCGUGCUUGAGGAGAGUGGCGUGGUCUAGCCUGGAUUGUUUACUUGACAGAGAACGAGCCCUCCAGUACGCUCCGAGCUCGAGAGAGCGACGAGCUAAAGUUUACCUUUACCUUCCACCCGCGGUUGGGAACCUUCACGAGCACGAUGACAUGGGAGGUGAGGCGGCUACGAGGACCAUGUCGCAAUCGUUGCUUUUCUGUCCCGACGGACUGCCCUUUUAUAAAAAUGUGACCAAACUCUCAUCUGCCUUUUCCUUAUGGACCUCUCUAAAUAUUGACUUAUAUGGUGUAUUUUUGUUACUGUUUUCGUUGUCCUUACUUGCUUAUUUUCUGGGCUGGGUUUACACACCGAGAGUGAAGGGCAAAGCCUUUGAUAACUGAGUCUGGUCGGAGAUUGGUGGUUCUACCUCGUCCCGCUUCGGGGAAACCCUACUUGUUCGAGUGACUGCCUUUGAACCGUUCACUACCCUCAUCAAGGGGGGUCUGUCUUCUUCUGAGACUACUGAGUGACAAUCUAGCCAGCCGGGAGGUGCGAGGCCAGAAACAGACCCCCCCUCCCAAAGGUGAGAGGGGGGUAAGAUGGCAGCUCUUGCCAGCUCUCUCAUUCGACAGAAACGGGCCGUCAAGGACGACCACGCCAACCGACCGGUAGCCAACAAGCGCAAAGUCUGCCAAAAGAGCAACAAGUCCCUUUGCCAGAAACAGAUCCUCGUUCUCAUCAAUAAAGUUCGAUUAUGUGGCGGUCGAAGAAGACGGCCGGAAUUAAGACCGGAGCCGCAGCUCAAAGGCAUUGUUACCCGUCUGUACAGUCAGCACGGCUACUACCUCCAGAUGCAGCCAGACGGCACCAUGGACGGCACAAGGGACGAGAGCAGCUCCUUCUCACAGUUCAACUUGAUUCCUGUGGGCCUGCGGAUAGUGGCGAUCCAGGGGGCAAAGACUGGGCUCUACCUGGGCAUGAACAGCGAGGGGUAUCUCUACACGUCGGAACACUUCAACCCCGAGUGCCGCUUCAAAGAGAGCGUGUUCGAGAACUACUAUGUCACCUACUCCUCUAUGCUGUAUCGCCAGAGCCAGUCCGGCCGCUCGUGGUACAUCGGCAUCAACCGCGACGGCCAGGUUAUGAAGGGCAACCGCUGUGGAAGAAGAGACCUAGGCGCGCUAAUUUCUGCCCAAAGUCAUUGAAGUCGCCAUGUACAAGGAGCCUUCGCUCCACGCGCUGGUCGGCGAGCAGAGCCCUCCAUGCAAGACGGUCAAGACGUCCGACUCGCCGUCGCAACAGAACGGCAGGAAAGAGGCCCCCAAAGCAGACGCCUCAUAGCACAGGGACCCCUGGCCAGGGGUAGGGGCAGCGGUGACACAGAGAAACUCAAUCUCCCACCAUGCACUGGGAGGCAGGAGGAGCAGUGGCGGCAGCGGCCAAAAAAGUGGCAGCGGCGGCGACAGCCAAACAAACAGGUGAUGCGCUAGCCUCACGUGGGAGGGGCGCGCGGCGCUACUAGAGGAGAUCACCGGGCCCUCAUCGCGACGGCGUCGACAGAGAGUGGGCGUGCGGAGAGAGGAGAAGUUAGGAGAGGACCCCCGUUGUCAUGGCGAUCUUCGCCCCUGGGCCAGGCCAGCGGCACGCUGGCCCCGCGGAAGGUCCGCAGAUCAGUCAGCAGACUCCGUCAGCAGACUCCGUCCGAUCGCCCCCUUGCUCUUGUCACUCACACUAACUCGUCUGCCCCCUGCCCUGGCCCCCUCCAUCCCAACGCCUGCACCACCGCUCCGCCCAGUGUUCUCCAGCACCCAGCACAGGCCACACAGCCUGGUUCAUCUUCUUCUCUUUAAGACCACAGGAGGAGAUUUUUUGUUUUGUUUUGUUUUGUAUUCUUUUCUACUCUAUUCAUUUGAUCUUCCUAACAAGUCUGAAAAUUGAAUGAGCAUAUAAGCUUAGUGAUACAUUGAAGAGCUUUUGGUAUCAAGGGAUCAUUCAUUGCCAUUUUGCACGCAUUAUUUAGUUGC